AUGUGGCAUAGCACGACUUUGCCAAGGCUUCGUCCAUCGGAUCCUCCUCCACCACCGCCUCAAAAUCGGGCAGUUACGCUCCACAGAAAGAACAGAAACGUGGACGUCGACAAGUUGAGAUGUGACAUCGAUAUUGUAAGUUUUUCAUAAAGUCUUUUUUUGAAUGUGAAACUUUUUCAGUUAUCUCAGCAGUUAAUGAUGGUGAAAGCUCGAUUGGAAUCAACACUUGCCUUACAAGAAGAAGUUGAAGAAGAUGAUAUUUCGAAGGAAAACUCGAACAAAAACUCCGUUCAACAACUCUUAAGGUUUCCUUGGAGGUAUUACAUCUCCGGUUCUAUAUUAGAUACGCAGAGUUGAUUCAACCGAUUCCCGUCUUUCUACAGUUCUUUUUUCACCAACUUCGCCAAAUUCCAUGCGACACACUCCUACGCCAAAACCGACUCUGAUUAAUAUACCAAUAGGUUUCUAUAGAACUUCUGAAAAUUAUGUGAAAAUCAAAUCAAUAAGCAUAGCGUAAAAAAGUCUUACAGGCAACGAUAAACUGAGAAAACCGCUUUCAAUGUCUACUUCUCACUUGGCGCACUUGAAAUCGCCCCUCCAAGAAGCUGUCGAAAAGAGGUUUUGGAAAUGAAAAAGGAACUCUGCAUCAUUUUUUUUCAGGAUGUCGUUAUGUUUGCCAUCUUCGUCAUGUGUCAUGCCUCGUGUUAAACGGAGAGAAACCUUUACGAGAGCAGAUGAUUUGUUGCAAAAGUCCAAGUCAACACUCAGAAUUACAAAGGUGAAACGAGCUGGUGAGUCGAGACAGCAGUGAGAGAACGAUUGAUGAAAUCCAGUUAGAUGAAUAGUUUGAUUUGAGAAUCUUUGACCACUGGACUGACCUUUCUGGCUACGCCACCUCGACCUCCGCCAAAACCUUUGAGAACUUUUCAAGAAACAGUUCGAAGACCUCAAGGGCUGAGUCUAUUACGCCUAAGCGUAUCGCGAAAUGAAGGUAAAUCGGAAAGAAAUCCGGGAAGAGAGUAUUAUUCAGGCACACCAUCUUCCUACACAAUGUCCUCAGUUGCUUUGCUGUCCAUGUGCAGCCAUGAAGAAUUUCUUGAAGCCAUAAGAGAAAGAUUCAAACAAGGACAAUGUUGGGUUAGUUGAUAAUACAUUCUUGUUUUGAACUUCUCUUACUUGAGUUCUCCCGCGGUGGACAACUUUAUUUUGUAAAUCCAUUCAAUGAUGUUUCUGCAACGCGACAUCUUUCCUAUUCCGUUAUCCCAACAGUGACUUCUUCGCUUAUCGAAACGAAGCAAAGCGCUCUUUUACUGAGGUUUGCAGGUUUUCAAUCUCAGGAAGAAGCUUUCUUUCAUUUGGUACUCUUUCCUCAAACAGUUGCUUGGAAAUCUUUGAAGCUUUGAAUGAAAAACAGAAAAAAGAAGACUUUUAGAACAGGCGAGUAGGAUAUUUCAAACGUCCCUUCUAAAAAACUGUGGACAUUUGAAGAUUGCGGUUUCCAAAAGCAAAUUUCGGGCAUAAAAUAUCAAAGCUAUUCCAGAGGAAUAUCGGGUUCGGGAAAGUCGCAACUAGCAGAAAUGGUUUGCUUAGACGUUGUUGACCGCAUGGACACCCAAGGGAGCAUCAGUGCCAUUUUAUACGCUGCACUCAUAGCUUUGCGUCCUUUUCUCUCCACUAACAACUCUCAAAACAACCAAGCAUCUAAAGCCGUUAGUGAAACUUUGAAUAUUUUGUUAAAAUCAUUCUUAAGGUGCUUCACUAUGAACUUCAAAUAAGGGAUGGACGGAUUUCCCGAGUUGCUACUCAUCAUUUUUUGAUUGAAUCUCCUAGUCGCGGAUGUCGAGCCAAUAUUUUCGCCAUGAUUGCAAAUGAUUUGAAAGAAUCUGAAAAGGGUAAAAGCCAAUCUGAACAAAAGUGAAAACGAAAGGUUUACUUAUAGAAAAGUACCGUAUUGCGGGCUUUCGGUUAAGAGACAACUGUUCGAACUAUGGUAACUUAGAAGACGUCAGCGCCGCUUUGACAACCUUGGGUCUCUCGGUCAACGACAUUUUCAAGGCUUGAAAGUCACACCUUCAUUUAAUUUCAAUCGCUGUUUCAUACAGGUUCUAGCUUCUUGCAUACUGCUCAACAACCUGAAUUUCCGAGAAGAAAAUAACAUGGUGGAUAUCGAAAACCUGCCAGGUAUAAAAAUAAAGUUUUUGGGUUUUCAGACCUUCAGACCUUUUUCCAGAUCUUGAAGACGCUUCUGCGCUUCUUGGAGUUUCGGCGCUAGCAAUGUAUCGAGCAAUAGUGACUUCGUCAAUAGAUGGAUUCGGUCGACAUUCCGUCAUGGAUGUAUGUUCAGUUAAUUUGGAGUGACUUCAUGUAUCAGACCAGAAGAGCCCAUCUCAAUUAGUCAAAAAACUGUUACUAAAGAUUUGUUUUCAAUUUAAGCCUUCAACUUUUCUUUUACAGUGUCAAACUAUUCGGGACAACUUUGUGUCCGCAAUCUACGCCAGAACUGUUCAUUACGUGCAACAAGAAAUCAACAAUUUGCUGGAUUCUUUUCCCGAUAAUGGAAGUCUCAUAACCGAUUCUGGUCAGAUGAAUGUGGCUAACCAGUUCGAAGAUUCGAUUUCAGGCGUCAGUGUUGGUAACAGUAGCACCGAUUCUCACACUAUACAUGUUGUGGAUGUUCCUGGCUACGUCCGAUCCAACAAUAACUCCUUGGCUGAGUUGCUCGUCAACUCUGUCAACGACAUUCUGCAAGCAACCAACCCAGAUUCCGUGAGUUGGGAGUUCUUUUUUCCUGAAGUAAUCCUCUUUUCAAAUGUCUAGACGUCAAUUCUUCUGCAGAAUAUUGAAUCAUCAAGUAAGUCGGGAGAAGUUUAUCCAUCUUGGCAAAGGUUUUCCCCUUGAGCUGAAAGCAACAAUAAUUCGUUUUAAGAGGCGGUACCACAGUUGUUCCACACUGUGAUAACAAUUUCGAAGUGCAAUACGACACGAGGAGAUUGAUCCGUAGAAAUUGCAAUAUUAUAUCCCGAGAGUUGGUAAGAUCCCAGCGGUUAUCUUCAGAAACGCGCGUAGACUAACGAAACAAUUUUAAAAAGAAAAAAAAAGAAAUGAAUUUUGUUUUUUCGGGAUUUCAUAAAAUGUUACAGAAAUGUACUUUGAAAACUUCAGCAAAAAAAAAUUUUUUUGACUCUUGCACUUUUGGUAAAAUAUAAAACCACGGAGUUUUGAAGUGAGAAUAUUAAAAAAACAUGAUAUUUUUUUCAAAAAAAUUCGAUUUUUUUGCUAUUUAGAAGAAAGUUUUUUUCCUUAACUUUUUUUCAAAUUCAAAAAGAUGUUCGAUAAUUUUAAAGCAUCAAAAGAAAAUAAUUUGCAAAAAAAAGUUAUACUCGUUUAGGUGGACCUUUUUGACAUCCGAUCAUGCACGUUCGCUUUCGCAGUCAAGCUGUUCUGCAAUGACGUCGAACGGCAAAUAAUCGAUAGGAAUUAUGAAUCUCGAGCUAUCGAUUGGCCAAUAAAGGGUGUCUCAGUUAUACAAAACGUACUGCAGUCAAUCAAAAAGCUGCAGUUUGUUAUUUCUGAUGCGACUACACAGCAGAUUAUUUGCUUGAAGGUAAAAGUCUGACGACUAAACUUUCAUCAAUUUUGUCAGUCAAAUGAUCACCUCGAGUAUGCACGGCUGCAAGACUUCACGCUGACAGGACAACUGGAACUCUAUCGAUUAGUAAUCGCGAACUCAAGCCGAUCUUCAUUGAGGUGACAGCUUCGGAGCAACUUUUGAAAAACCGACUUCAGAUUGGGGUCUACAAGAGAUCCUAGUUCUAUUCCUCUGAUUCCGAACCCUCGUAGUUAUGAAAUACGAGACGGGAGAAAACACAGGUUUCCACAGAGAAGGAAUGUUGUCAUUGAUUUUCAAGGUAAAAACUCUUCUUCUUAAAAACUAUCGUUUCCAAACCUUCUCUAAACAUUUGGAAGGAGAAAAAAAUUUCGAAUUUUGCAUUGUUUAGAAAACCGAAAAUUCAAAACUGUAGGACAACCUAAUAGAAUUAGGAGUUUUUGAUUUUAAAGCCUCUUUUCAUAAACAUGAAAAUUUGCGUAGUUAUUGAAAUUCAAGAAGUUCAUAGAGUACAUCUUGAGGUUCACUAAGAGAUUAAUAGACAAAAAGAAAGGAAAAAAAAAUGAACCUUGAACCAAUCCCAACUUCUUGACUUGUAUAAAGUUAUCGGUUUGCAGAUCCGACAAGUGGAGUUUCUUUACGAGCUGGAGAAAUCGUGAAGACUUUGGGUUUCUCCGGGGAAUGUUACCUAGUGGAGACUGGAAGGAAAGCACGUGCGACAGUCCCCGUUUCUUUCACGGAGAAAAGUAUUCCGCCAGCAGGAACUUUUCAUAAUUGA